AUGAGCUCUGCUCUCGUGCGGCUGCGGCUGAACCGCCUGGCAAGGCCUGCGACUCUACUUGCCUUGCGAAGAUUUUCUGCCGCGCCUUCACCGGGGGAACUGGAGAGGACAAGGAAAAGCACGGGAUGGUGGAGCACGUUCGUGCGGCUGUCAUACAAGUGGCUAGGCCCCUCGCUCUUUGAUAAGAAGGCAGACAUCUGCAACUGCGGAGGAGACUUCGGAGUGCCGAUCCCAAGGGCAGAGCUCCUUCAGCGAGACAACAUGGAGAAAGGCAGCCGCGAGGAGCGGAUGCAGCUUUACGGUGGCGCCCUCUACUGGCACCUGGCCACCACACGCACUGAAAAAUACAAGGAUGCGCAGCCAGACAUGCUGCGCGACAAGGACGUCUUGGAGGUGGCUUGCAUGCGUGGUGGAGGGGCGAGAUAUCUUUCCGAGAUCAUCGGCCCGAAAAGGUACUUGGCCGUAGACCACGUGCCGGAACACAUCGAGCAGUGUAGGCGGAAGUUCGGCGAAUGGCCCGGCCUAGAGUUCGAGGUUAUGGAUGCUCACGAGCUGGCAGAAAAACUGCCCGCAGAUUCCUUCGACUUCGUGAUUUGCAUCCAGGCUGCCGCCUCCUUCGAGCGAAUCGAAGGGUUUGUUGAGGGCGUGGGGCACGUCUUGCGAAAAGGUGGAAGCCUCCUCCUCGCAGACGCACUGACGAGAAGUGCCAACACCAAGCUUUUGGACUCCUUGGAGGAUCAUGGCUUCGAUGUUGAGCUGUCGAUGGACAUCAGCCGCCAUGUUCAUGCGGUGGGUGUUUGCGCAGUGCCGAAGGGGCUCUCCUAUGUGCACGUAGUGGCUCGCAAGGAAUAA